UCUCCUUCUUAGGAGAAGAUGAGGAACUUCUCACUUCUCCUUCUCCGUCUUAACUCCUUCGUCUUGAAGCUUCUUUACUUCAUUCUCCUUUCUUCAACGGGACUCUGGAUUCUCCAGUCUCUAAGCCCAAGAACUGACCACCAUUUUAGGCCCAGCAAACUUGACAUCUUCUUCACUUCAGUGUCUGCUGCCACUGUUUCCAGCAUGUCCACUGUUGAAAUGGAAGUCUUUUCCAAUGCCCAACUAAUAGUUUUAGCCAUUGUGAUGUUCUUUGGCGGUGAGGUCUUCGUUUCCAUGGCUUCUCUUUACUUGGACAAACUCAAAAAGAAGAUUAUGCUAAAACGCAACCAUGAAAUGGUUGAAACCAUUUCUAUAAGCAACACUACCCAUCCUUUAGAAGAAGAGAAGCUGAGACAAUCUUCAACCCAGUUCUUGAGUUUCAUAGUCUUAGGAUACCUUUUAGCAAAUAAUAUCCUAGGAACAAUCAUGGUCUUGGUAUACAUAGUCGUUAUUCCAAACGCUAGGCAUGUCCUAAGAAGUAAGGGUCUAAACAUAGUCACCUUUUCCGCGUUCACAACUGUCUCCACUUUUGCAAGCUGUGGAUUUGUGCCGACGAAUGAAAACAUGAUUGUUUUUAGAAACAAUUCAGGUCUUCUAUUAAUACUUAUGGCUCAAGCCCUUCUAGGGAAUAUGUUCUAUCCUUUGGGUUUGAGAUUCUUGAUCUGGGUUGUGGGUAAGUUUUUUAAGAAGAAAGAGUCCAAUUACUUGUUGACAAGUAGUGCCAACAUUGGAUUCCUUCAUUUACUUCCAACCCUCCAUUCAUGGCUUCUUCUUGUUACAGUUCUAGGGUUCAUCAUAGUACAGUUCAUACUCUUCUGUUCUUUGGAAUGGAAAUCUAACAUCUUGGCUGGACUCAGUUCGUACCAGAAAGUUGUAGGCAUCUUGUUUCUAACUGUUAAUUCAAGGCAUGCAGGUGAGACUAUUGUUGACCUCUCCGUUGUAUCAGCUGCUAUGUUGGUUCUGUUCAUCGUAAUGAUGUAUCUUCCUCCAUAUACUUCCUUUAUACCCAUCAGCAAAAGCGAUGAGCAGUGCGAAGAACAUAUUAUUGAAGGCAAAAAGAAGAGGAGAGCAAUUGAGAAUUUCAUUUUCUCACAACUUUCUUAUCUAGUCAUGUUUGUCAUUCUUGUAUGCAUAACGGAGAGGAAAAAGAUGAAGGAGGAUCCCCUCAACUUCAAUGUCCUCAGUAUAGUUUUUGAAGUGAUAAGUGCAUAUGGUAAUGUGGGAUUCACAAUGAACUACAGUUGCGGGCGACAACUGAAGCCUGGCGGAAACUGCAAAGACAAAUGGUAUGGAUUCACAGGAAAAUGGAGCAACGAAGGGAAAUUAGUUAUCAUUGUGGUCAUGAUUUUUGGGAGAAUAAAGAAUUUCAACAUGAAUGGAGGCAAAGCAUGGAAGCUUUUGUGAGCGGCAGUGGCACAUGAUGCAACCAUGUCAAACGAUAGAAUGUGUACAUAAUUAAUCUGUCAAACGAUGGUAAAAAUAAAUAAAUUCUGCACCAGCGCCAAAAGAUGAACUAUGAUUGGGCAUCUUCCUUGGAAUUGAUGCAAUUUACUUGUACUCAACAUUUGUUUUGCUUAUACUCUACACAUUAUUUGUUGUCGAUCCUUGUUUUAU